GGUGGGGGUGGGGAAGAGGGCGAGAGCAAAAAUUCCCUUUCUCUCUUCCCAGCCCCAGCCAUCCUUACUCCCUAAGGUUUUCUAUAGUCCUAUGCUCUCAACUCGCAACUUGCAACACUUCUUUAAGCUUUUCAUCCAGUCCUCAAAUGGGUUUCGGUCCUCCCACCCUCAUUUUCUUUCUCCUUACCUCUCUUUUACUUUUUCUCCCAAUCCUAUCUCCAUCCCAAGGAUUCUACCAAUCACAUCCUUGUACUGUGAUUUAGGGACAUAAGCUCUUUAGCCGAGAGCUGAGCCCUGCACUCACUGCCAUGUGGUUAUUAGUUAUGAACCGAAUAAGGGAAGGCUUGACUUCCUGGGUCAUGGGAGUGAAGGAGUCUGGGUGACAGGAAGCUAGCGGCCUGUCAUGCCUAUUGCCUAGCUGCCAGAUUAACUUUGUCUUGAAAAUACCGUGAUUGCCGCAUAGGCUAUUGAGUGUAAGGAAGACAGAAGUUCUUUGGGAACCUACCUAGUGAGAUUGCCUUCCAGAUUUGAUAGACGCAAAAAGCACAGGGGGAACAUGGGCAAAGGAAGAUUUGAUGAAAAAGAAAAUGUGUCCAACUUCAUCCAGUUGAAAACCUCGGUUAUAAAGGGUAUUAAGAAUCAAUUGAUAGAGCAAUUUCCAGGUAUUGAACCAUGGCUUAAUCAAAUCAUGCCUAAGAAAGAUCCUGUCAAAAUAGUGAGAUGCCAUGAACAUAUAGAAAUCCUUACAGUAAAUGGAGAGUUACUAUUUUUUAGACAAAGAGAAGGGCCUUUUUAUCCAACCCUAAGAUUACUUCACAAAUAUCCUUUUAUCCUGCCACACCAGCAGGUUGAUAAAGGAGCCAUCAAAUUUGUACUCAGUGGAGCAAAUAUCAUGUGUCCAGGCUUAACUUCUCCUGGAGCUAAACUUUACCCUGCUGCGGUAGAUACGAUUGUUGCAAUCACGGCAGAAGGAAAACAGCAUGCCCUGUGUGUUGGAGUCAUGAGGAUGUCUGCAGAAGAUAUUGAGAAAGUCAACAAAGGAAUUGGUAUUGAAAAUAUCCAUUAUUUAAAUGAUGGGCUGUGGCAUAUGAAGACAUAUAAAUGAGCCUCAGAAGGAAUGUACUUGGGCUAAAUAUGGAUAUUGUGCUGUAUCUGUGUUUGUGUCUGUGUGUGACAGCAUGAAGGCAAUACCUCUGUGGUUAUGCUUAAUAAAUUUGACAGAUGCUAAAACGCU